AUUGUAUAUUUUUUAUAUUAAUACUUUGAAUACACAUGUGUUUGGUAUGUACACGUGCCUUUCACGCGAACUGGAGUUUAGUGUAAUUUGUGAAGAAAUAAUAUAUAAAUUUGUUCGAGAUAAUCCGCAAGAAUCAAAUUACGAAUAAGAUAUUAGCAUUCGGCGGAGCAUUUGAAAAGAUGCAUAUACAUCUUAUGAAUUUUAUGAAGCAGUAGAUGUUUAUGUCGUGCCUCACUUCGCACGAUAACAUGAAUUACAUAUUAACAGCGAUUACAAUAUUAUGGAAAAAAGUACUCCGAGUAGAGUUUUUUCACCGGUCUGGAAAUGUAGACUUGAAACCAGCGCGGUAAAUAUGAACACGAUCACGAUAUGGAUAUGUCAACAUCGUCAUGUCACUCCGAAUUUUGCAAGUUUGCAUAUAUGAGUCUUAAUAGUUAGCUAGUGAGAAUGGAGUAUUACAAAGGGUUACUUUUUCACUUGAUUUUAUUUUUUACUCUUUGUUCCUGCACGAGUGCGAGACUCUCAAAUGAAUACUAAGAAGGAAACAUAUAAAUAAAACAAAUGUUUGUCCAUAGCCCGAAUCUUCCUGGACGGUCGGUCUGCGAAGAUUUUAAUGCACACUUGCAAAUUGACUCACAAUAAGAACCGUUAUAAAACGCCUAAUAGCUUUCAAUAGGAUUAAUUCAUGCUCGCGCGGCACGACAACCGGCCGCCGUGCAUCAGAUCGCCACCAUUUUCGUUGGAGUAAAUAUUUCAGAGCUGGACAACUGUCUUCACAUAUAGGUCAAAUAUGAGGAUAUUUGUCGAAAGAGAAUCGAAAAUAUUGUAGAAAUUUAUAUAAGUUUGUUUUUAAAUGAAAUCUGGAAUUGUUGCAAAUAUUUUCUUCUAUAAUACAAGCGUUAAGGAAUGCAAAUAGAUCUGAUCUUCUCAAUUCCAUUUUCAUACAAUUUGGAACACAGUAGGCACGCAAAUCGAUUAUGCAUUCGCGCGUUUCAAUAUCACCUAUCCAAGGUUUCCCAAGUAAAGUGCCUUUUUCAACAAUUCGAUGCCGAGUCGCAAUGAUAUGAUUUUCUGAAAGACGAGAGUAACUGGAGUAACUGGAAGUCGUCAAUUAGACAGUUUGAUUGACGGACGAUCGUCCGACAGAUCCUCCGUGACCGGUAACACCUCCCGUCGUUACGGCCCCUCGAUUUGCGCGAGCCAGAAGGUCACGCAACACCCUCCGCUCCCCUUGGGUGUACCUUGAAAACGAAUGCACGCAUGCACUCGUACUGCACCGUCAUUGCACAUGGUAGUCAGUGAGUCAGUGAACCGUCCGCGACGACGACGACGACCACGACCACGACGGCGGCGGCGGCGGCUGCUGCUGCGGCGGUGAUUACUUAACGCGUCGCGGUAGAAAGUCGGCGAUAGUCGACAACGCCGGAUCGUCCGAGCUUGGCCGCCGCACGAUCGCGUUGCAGAUCUGCGUUUGUGUCGGGAAUUUGCGCUCGUUUUUCGAUCCUUGCUCUUCCUGUUUUUCUUUCUGUCUCCCUCUCCUGUUCGCUUUCUCUCUCUCUCUCUCUGACUGAUCGCGAGGCACUUGCUGAUCCAUGGAUCUCGUGAAUGCGCGCAAUCGAUGGCGUCCAUCCGCGAUCCGCUGCUCGCACAUUGUCCCGUUCACCCGCGACGAUAACUCCGCGACGCUGCUGAUGCAUUGACCGGCGCGUGCGAUCAUGACAACGAGCAGCGCUUGAUUCUAUUGACUGACGCACAGUGCACUGAACACUCGAAUCCUUGUUUCGUUCGAAAGCCAGUUUUUCCAGUCGAGCUGCGUGAAGAGAAGGCCGACAGCGAGGAUGGACGGUCUCGUGGAGAUUUUCCUCUUCUGCGGGGUACUCUGCUACCUCUUCAACCUUAGGCCUAAUAAUAUGGUGGACGUAUUAUCUACGCGUCUGCAGGAAGUAUACGCCAAAUGGGAAUCCAGGACGCAGGUGAUACGAAAUGCAGAACCAACGACCACACGAUUUUCACUGGACGGUCUCCGGCGAGCCGGGCAGCAUCUUCAACGAAAAAAGAUCCAGGACAGGGAACAAAUACGUAAGACACGCGAGAGCUCGCUGUUCAAGAUCAAGGAAACCGAGCCGCUGGCGCCUUCCUUUCAACAGAAAACCUCGUUCUUGCGCCAUUGCUGCAGCACCUGUACACCGACUUCCAGAGAUUCGCUGGUAAAUAGUGUGGUCAAGCAACAGCCAAGCGGCUUGAAUGUAUUAAUGGUGAAAACAGGUUCCACGUUUCUUUCAAGAGCGUUCAAACACGCAUCGUAUGUGUUAAACGCCAAGAGAUUUGAUUAUCCGAUAGUCACGCAGACGAUUCUGAACGAUGAGAGAUUAAAGGACGCUAUCAAAUUGACUGCUCGGGAGACAGCUGACAAUGAAGGUUGCAGCGAAGAAAAGGCAUUUGCAAAGGCGAAAGCCAGGGCCAAGAAGAUACUGCUGGAAAUGGAGAGCAGAUGCAGUGACACUCUUCUCAAGAUAAUCUCGUGGCUCAUAUAUAAACUGCUGCCUUGUUUUAUACAAUCCGCUGUCGUAGUACCGUCUCAGAUAGAAUUGCUGAAAAAGGCACACGAUUCCGGUUUACCGUUCGUGCUGGUGCCCCUACAUCGUAGUCAUCUGGACUAUAUAAUGAUCAGCUUCUGUCUAGUUAUGAAUAACAUGAGGAAUCCGUUAAUUGCAGCAGGGGACAAUUUAAAAAUUCCAUUUUUCGGAUGGCUUUUGAGACACAUGGGUGCGUUCUUCAUCAAACGUCGUAUCGACCCGGUGGCAGGCCGCAAGGAUCUUCUCUACCGCUCGAUCCUUCAGACGUACAUCAUGGAAAAUCUUCGUGCUGGACAUAACAUAGAAUUCUUCGUGGAGGGAGGCCGCACGAGAACUGGCAAGCCCUGCAUGCCAAAGAGCGGGAUUCUGAGCGUCAUCGUUGACGCGUACGUGGACGGCACCAUCGAGGACGCACUGUUGGUACCGGUAGUCGCGAACUACGAUCGUCUGGUCGACGGGAAUUUCGUCAGAGAACAAUUGGGACAGUCGAAGAAAAUGGAGACUUUUGCGUCGGCGAUUAAGGGCUUGUGGUCGACAGUAAUGGGCCAUUAUGGUAUCGUCAAGGUCGAUUUCUGUCAACCGUUUUCUCUCAGGGAAAUGGUGAAAAGCUUCCAAGCCCAGCAAAAUAAAUUGACUCCGAGACCGUCGAUAGAUAAACCAUUAAAAUACACCAUGUCGAAUUCGUCUCUUUACGGCACAGACGUUAUAGUGGAAGAGCAGCGUCAACUGGUGGAGGACAUCGCUCGACACAUCGUGUAUGAUGCAUCCAAAUCCACGCCAAUCAUGUCGACCAAUGUUGUUGCAUUUUUGCUAUUAAAUAGGUUCAGGGACGGCUGCACGCUGGACAAAUUAGUCGAGGCAUUCGAGUCGAUACGGGAAGAGAUGGAAUUUAGCAACAAGAAUGUAGCGUUUUGCGGAGAGAACAUCGAUAUCGUUAAACACGCAUUGAAUAUCUUGGGUCCAGGUUUGGUAACGCAGCAGCAACAAGAAAUCACCGAAGGCGUCUAUGGAAGCCAAUCUUACAAGUCGACCUUUGUCACGGCGAUCCGUCCCGUAUCAAUUCUGCCGAACGUGAUCGAGCUCUCGUAUUACAGCAACACCAUGCUGCUGUACUAUGUCCUGGACAGCGUAGUGGUGACCGCUUUAUAUGCUGAAUUGCACUCCCAGAUUAAUGAUCCAGUCGCGAUCGCCGAGAACGAUAUCACAGUGUUCCAGCAGAGUCUGCUCGAGAAAGCACUCAAGCUCUGCGACAUUCUGAGGUAUGAAUUUAUUUUCUGCAAACCGUGCCAGGAAUUGAAAGACGUGAUUCUCCAAACGAUACAGAACCUGUCGCACACGAACAUUUUCACUCAGAAAGAGGACGCUUAUCUCCAAGAAGAGCUGUGGAGUAGGAGGUACGCAGCUAAUUUCGACGAUAGUUCGGAUGAGGAGUAUUCGAGACAGCGGCAGAUCCGAAAGAUCGAGUACAAACUGAACCUAGAACCGGAACAGUCCAGUCGCAUGGAAUUUUUGCACACGAUAUUACGACCAUUGAUCGAUACGUACACCACCAGUGCCUCCAGUUUGAAAACAUUAAUCGGCCGCUCGCUCUGCGAGCGAGAUUUAACUCAGGAAGUGUUGAGCGAGAUCAAAAGCAAUUUGGACUGUGGCAUAAAUAGUUACGGAGAAAGUUUAUGCGUCGAUCCGAUAAAGAAUUCCUUCAAGCUCUUUGAAAAGUGGAACGUCUUGGAAUGCCACAUGCAAGACAACGUUAAAAUGUUUCACUUGAAGGAAGAUUACGAUACAGAAGUGGCAACGAAAUCCAUCUACGACACCGUAGCAGCUUUCAAAUGGACGAGAAGUGUUGAUUAA